GACGUGACAUUCGCAGUCAGUGUGAGUCUUUCCAUCGUUCGAACAACAGAACAGCACUCAGGCCGAAUACAUCGGCACAUGAGGUACAAUCUGCAAAUUACUUUCCGUCGAACAGAGGCUAACCGGGAGUGUUUACCAUUUCAAUUAUAAGGUAACACACGUAUCCUUGGAUUUUAUACUGAACUAUAAACUCAAGGGAAACUUUAAAAGUUUCGAAAUGGCUGUUUUCAAACGAAAAACUGGAGGCGUCGACUUUACCACGUCAAGCAAAGAGGAACCAAGUAUAUUCACAAUCCAGGCUCACUCUAACCCGUCAUAUCAACCCGAUGUUACUGAAACAGCCUCCGACAGCAGUGGAAUAGCUUCCAUAGAAGAUUCUGACAAUGGAAUUCACCCAGCAUCAGAUCCCAAACCCUCAUCCUCAUCCCCCGCGCCAGCAGCCCCAACAUUGAAGAAGUCCAUCAACCUCCUUCAUUGCACUGCCAUCAUGGUUGCAGUCACCGGUCACUCCUCGGUCUUCAUUUCCCCCGGCUCCAUACUCGGCUCCACUGGCUCCAUCGGCGCCGCCCUCAUCGUCUGGUUGGUAGGAGGGCUGAUCAACAUGGGACUGGCGUUGUGCUUCGCCGAACUGGGAACCAUGUUCCCCCAUGCUGGUGGCCCGUAUGCUUAUGUUUUGAAGACUUUUGGUCCUCUGCCAGGGUUCCUGAUAAUGUACGGGUAUGUUGUGCUCAUCGCAGGACCAUUCUGGGCAUUCUUAGCCUACACAGCGGCAUUGUACAUUGUUAAACCAGCGUUCCCUGACUGUGAAACGGAGACAGUGGAAUUAGGCGUGAAGUUGCUGGCCGGAUGGAUUAUGAUCACCAUGGUGGCUCUCAACUGCACUUUCAUGAAGUUUGUGACGAAGGUCCAGACCCUACUCUCCAGCACAAAGAUCCUUGCUCUUCUCAUCAUCAUCAGCGGGGGCAUUGCCAUGCUGGUACAAGGUAAACGCGACAACUUUGAGAAUGUAUUUGAGGGCACGACUCAGGAGCCGGGGGAGUUUGCUGUGUCUAUUUUCUACGCCAUAUUUUCCUACGGAGGCUGGCAAGUGAUGACGUCACUUACAGAGGAGGUGAAAAAUCCUGGAAGGGACCUCCCUCUGUCAGUGUACAUCACCUUCGUUAUCGUGAUCACUAAGUACAUCCUCACCAACAUCGCGUACUUCACCCUCAUCACCCCCGCUGAGAUGUUGCAGUCAAAGGCAGUGGCGUUUCUGUUCGCAGAGCGUCUUUACGGUCCCAUCGCUCCGCUGGUCUCUGUAUUCGUCGCAACUACGUCGAUUGGAGCCCUUAACGCAUCCAUCAUGGGCCAUUCCAGAUUGUUAUUUGCUGGCGCGAGAGUGGGUCACAUGCCAACCAUCUUUGGGAUGAUUCACCCAAAAUUCCUGACCCCCUGGCCAGCCAUUCUUGUGUUGCUCGCGUGGGGUCUGAUCAUGCUGUAUACUGGUGGCUUGACGACCAUGAUGGUCUUCAUCAGUCUCUUCUCCACCAUCAUGGGCAUCGCCGUCGUCAUGUCGCUCCUCUACCUGCGGAUAAAGAAGCCAAACGAUGUCAGGCCGUAUAGGACAAUGCUGUUUGUGCCUGUCGUCCAGCUGAUAGUCAAUCUGGCAGUUCUCGUAUUGGCCAUCUACCAGCGUCCACACCAGAUGGGCAUCGGCCUGGCCAUCCUGUUCGCCGGCAUCCCCAUCUACUGGUUCGGCGUCUUAUGGAAGAACAAGCCUGAAGAGUUCACACAGCUUGUUGAGGGUGUCACCAUUCUUCUACAGAAGAUCUUGGUAUUGGUAAAGGCAUCGUAAAGAGGAAUACUUCUUUAGGGAUAGAGACUGUGCGCCUAAUGUAUUCGGAAUGGAUGCACAUUUUUCCGACCUAUCAUUUUCAAUUGCCAAGAUAAUUUGGGAAGUGAUGCGUGUCUACAUCCGAUAAGGAAAGAUGAUUCUGAAAGAAAAUGCAUAUGUUAUGGGCGAAUUAUAUAAGCUCGGCCUACAUGAAAUGUGAAAACGACAGACUUUUGUCGACACACGCUAAGUUUUCGCAUCCUGUAUUUGAUCAAAAACGUGUACAGUUCCUUGGUGCUACCGUGUUCAUAGAUUACCUUGACCUUCAAGGAAAGGGGGAUAUGGUUAUGGGUAAGGGGGAAUAUGGGCAGUCCACAGAUUAUCAUGGACCCGAAUCCGUGUUUCGAACCCACUACCACAGGAUCCAGGUAUACCAAGAGGACACAACUCUGUAUGAUGCGGAUUCAUCUUUAUCACCACAUCCUGUAUACAACCAACCCUUGGCCAGACAAACCAGGGGUCGAUAAUGUGAGCACCGACCAACGUCGUCGGAGUAAAAGAGUAAAGGCUUGUCUUAUUUGCAUGUCACACGUCCGUUUACUGUUCACACUGAGAUGUCAUGUGACAUCCCGUCCCUGUUCUAGAGUCGCUUACGGUAGUCAUAAAACAUUGGAGAAGGAAUCCCAAACAUCCGCACGGCUUACAGGUUUUAUCAACGUGAUUGCAACCACUAUGUAGUGUCCAAACUAUAGAGUGGCCAGAAUGAGUGAGCGAGUUAAGUAUUACGCCGCUUUUAACAGUAUUCCAGUUAUAUCGCGGCGUGUCAGCUUAAUGUGGGAGGAAAGCCCGAAGUGAUGCAGGUGGCAGACGUUUACCUCUACGGUGAAACCCACGAGCACGGGUAUGGUGCUGACAAACCUAGAAACAUUAUCGUGGUGAAGCGGGAAUCGAACCCACAAUCAUAGGUUUCUGGCGUGCCCAAGGGACACAACUCUGCACAGCGAAUCGCGGCGCCUCAGAUGACUGGGCCACCCGUGCCCCCUACAGAUCGGGAUACUUCAAUGGAGAUGACUAAAACUACCCUGUGAUAUCAGCAUGUAUCUGUGAUAACGUGGACUUCCUGAUCUCAGCUGAAUGACGGAGACAACAACACCACCUACGUCAUCUUUCAACACUUGUAUUUCGUAAGCAAAUAUAUUUCACAGCCGUCAAAUACGACUUUUCAAACUGCUGUCAUAUUUUAGAGUCCCAGAAGAAGAAAGAAAUGUAUUUAUCAUAUUUGUUCCCUUUAUGAUAUUUCAUUUUUUUUAAAUAAUUCGUAUUGGUGUUGUCCCAGGAUUAUUAUAUGUACAUAUUAUUAGUAAUAAAUAUUCAUCAAAACCAAGAAAUAUUUAUGCAUCGUUAUUCAUCAUUAUAUCUUAAUUUGAUAACUGUUAAGUUGUGAUUAAGCGUGUUAAUUAUUCGCAAUAAAC